AUGCAGUUGUCAUUGAUAUCAGCGGCAGCGGCGGGAUCACUCGCCAAUGCGCGUUCACCAGAAAUCCAAGAUGAGACGUCUCCCUUUGAUCUUCCCUUUGAACAACGACGAUUUAACGACAUUUGGGCGUAUGGAAAACCCCUAUCCGAGAUUGGGUCGCACGCAAAAGACGACCCAUCUGCAAAUGCUUUAAAGCGGGGUUGCAGAUUGCUUAACGAAAGAGAAUUGCCAAGCACGCAUGGGUUUACCAAGGGUGAUUUCUCGACUCGAAGGUGCAGACAAUCGGGAUAA